UUCUCAAUUAUUAUUACAAGAAAAACCCCAACAAGGGCCAACACACUUUCGACAACCCCAAGUGAGAAAGUGAAAGAGAAUAACAACUGUGUGUUAAGAAAAUAUUAGUGAAAUAACCCUUUCAUGAUUCAUUUCAUAUUUGAAUAUUAAUCUCUCACUAAUCCCUAACUAAUUCAAUUUAUAUUCCGUCUUUAUAGAUAUACAGAACAUACACACAUACAUAUAUAAGUAUACUGUUUACUUUUCAAUUCUAUAUAUAUGUGGCUGAUGGUCACCAUACAAAUCCUACCAAAUGGCCCUGAUCUUAACCCAAAACUUCUUCAUCUUCUUUAAUUAAUUAGCCACCUCGCACGUGUGACAAAUUCUUCUUCGCCACGUGUGAAAAACCCUUCCCCCGCUUGCUACUUACUAUAUACUACUAAUAGUAUGAAUAAUACAAUGGCUUCUUCCGGCUUAGGUAGCCGGAGAAAGGAUCCGGCGUACAGAGGAAUCCGGUGCCGAAGUGGUAAAUGGGUCUCCGAGAUUCGUGAGCCUAAGAAAACCACGAGAAUCUGGCUUGGAACUUACCCCACGGCAGAGAUGGCAGCCGCCGCCUACGAUGUGGCUGCUCUGGCUCUUAAAGGAAGAGGAGCCGUCUUGAACUUCCCUGGAUCCGCCCAGUCAUACCCGGUUCCUGAAUCAAAAUCGGCAGCGGAUAUACGAACCGCGGCGGCAGCUGCAGCAGCAAUGAAGGGAUGUGAGGAAGGGGAGGAGGAGAAAGAGGCAACGGAGAUGAAUAGUAGUAGUUCGCAGUUGAGAGCGCGUGAGAGCCACGUAAAUAAUGAUGUGGCUUCUUCGUCAUGGUGUGGGACAGAGUUUAUGGACGAAGAAGAAGUCUUAAAUAUGCCUAAUCUGCUGGCUAAUAUGGCAGAAGGGAUGAUGGUUGCGCCACCGUCGUGGAUGGGUUCUCGGCCGUCGGAUGACUCUCCGGAGAAUUCAAAUGAUGAGGACUUGUGGGGCUACUGAUCAGUUUGUGUUGUCCACGUAUCUUGUUCUUGUUGUUUUUUUUGUUCAUUAAUUAUAUAUAUGCAUGUCACUUGUAUGAUAUAUCAAAUCAUAUGUUUUGAUUAAGAUUGUUUCUUGUAUCGUUGAAUUAGGGUUUGGGUUUUCUUCGAGUUUAUAGGUUUAUCAAUUAGGGCUUAAUAUAUUAGCCUUAGUUAUAGUGAUUCCCCUAUAGUUUCGCGACUUCAUGUGUUGAUUUAUAUUAUUACUCUUGGAUUAUUCACAUUUUGCACCUUCGUAGUUAAGAAUAAAAUUCAUGCA